AUGUGUGAUAAUGGGGAUCCCGAGGACAAGCCCCCGGCCCCCCCGGUCAGGAUGAGCAGCACGAUCUUCAGCACAGGCUCCAGCAAGGACCCGCUCUCAGCCAAUCACAGCUCCAAGCCCCUGCCCUCGGUUCCAGAGGAAAGGAAACCCCGCAACAAGAUAAUCUCAAUUUUCUCAGGAGCAGAGAAAGGUGAGACUGGAGUCCAUAGAGGUGGUGCACUGGCAGGGGCUCUAAAGCAGUGGUUCCCAGCCUUUUUCGGUUACUGUACCACCAAAUGAAUUUUAUUCUGCCCGCAGUACCCCUGAAGUACCCCCUCCUGUGCAUUUUACCAGUAGGCUUAUGGUCUCAUCAGUCUUCUCAAGUACCCCUUGUGGAUAGGCACAGUACCCCCAGGGGUUCUAGUACUCCUGGCUGGGAACCACUGCUCUUAAGCAUGGGUCAGCUGUCCUAUUUUUUUAACGGAGUGGCUGUGGAUCCGACUUUUCUGGACCCAUCUUACCAACAGCUGACGGUCCCGAAUCUUCUGCGCAUAUUAGAUUCUGCGCAUGUUAGAUCAAAGUUCAAUCAAUGUCUGCAAGAUCACAUGGUAAUGAUAGUAUUCUACAUAACAGUACCGAAUAUAAUAGCAUAGUAUAACGCAGGGAUGGCCAACUGGCGGCCUGCGGGCUUUGAAGGUACUCGGAUCAAUUCCCUCAGUCUCAACUUACUGUUGCGAGUUAGAAUAGUAGAAUAAACAAGGUGUAAUUUUGAAAUUUGGUUGUGCAUCAGCAGUUUUUCUCUUAUGUCAGUCAAUUAGCCCAUGGCAACAAAAAUGUGUUUGAUUUCUUAUCAUGGUCGAAUGACUAGCCGGGGGGCCCCCAUUGAUGUUUAUUAGUCAGUCUCACUCAGAUAUCAUACUAAAAACUGCAAACAUUUCUCUCCACCCUAUGGCAAAAUGUGUGUAAUUGCAGGAAAUUUCUCUCUGAAAUUUCUCUGCUGUGAAGAUGAGCUCAGAUUUCUGUUGGCCCCCACCCCCAUCAAAGUUGCUCAUCCCUGAUAUAACGUUACUGUAAUACAAAAAACACAGCCUAAAAGAUUUGAGGAUGAUUGUGUGAAUAUGUGAAUACGCCACUACACAAAAUAUGUACUUUGAUUGAAACUAAACACAGGUAGACUAUGCUACAGUUUAUUAACACCAUCUGCUCUAAAAUUCACUCACUGUACAUAAUUCAAAACAACACUAUAACUCAAGAAGAUCUAGCCUAAAUGCAUAUCUCUAUGAAACUGAUUGAGAUCAAAUGGUUGGUAUGCAGAUGCUGCAUGGAUGUUUCACCUGUAAAACUUGAAAAAUUAUUAUUCACGAUUGACAGUGAGAAAUGUGAAAGGAAGAUGACUACAAACAUUUUUGCGUAAAGUAGAGAAACUCAUGCGCAGAAUGUGAUUCGGAUCUUCAGCUCUGGGGGGGGAAAAAAAAAAUCCACAGGGCGGGAUGGGGCAGUUACCUAUGGAGCCACAGCCUCAGCCCUUUUUUAAAGGUGCAUUUCCAGUAGAGGCUACAUUUCAUUCAGUGUAUCUUAGUUCAGAACCAAUCCAUCUUAUCUUAGUUACCAUCUGUAUGCAUCAGACUAUCCAGUGGCAGUAGAGGUUGAAUUUCAGUCUGUUCAAUUUCAGUCUAUCUGUUGUUGUAUCUGAUUACAUUUCAGCACAUUUAUUAACAGAGAAUGUAAUGAUGGUUUAUUUGAUGAUUUUCAGGUGGUAGAAAGAAAGACCGGGACAAAGAAAGACCAGAGAUCUCUCCGCCUUCAGACUUUGAACACACCAUCCACGUUGGCUUUGAUGCUGUCACUGGGGAAUUCACUGUGAGUAGACACACUUUCUUUCAACUCUUACUCCAGGGAUACUCAAAUCCCAGCCUGGAGGACCGUAGUACUGCUAGUUUUCUUUUCUACCCGAGUUAGUUAGUUGACCCCUGACCCCACCCCCUCUUUGUAUCCUCCUCUCUGAUAGGGCAUGCCAGAGCAAUGGGCACGGCUCCUCCAGACGUCAAACAUCACCAAGUCAGAGCAGAAGAAGAACCCACAGGCUGUUCUCGACGUGCUCAAAUUCUAUGAUUCUACGGGCAACGGCCGCCAGAAAUACCUCAGUUUCUCCUCCUCUGGUGAGCUUUCACAUGGAUGACACUUUGCUGUUUUCUAAGUUUGUUACAGACUCUUUAAAGACUGCAAUUGUUUCCCUCUCCCUUUUCAUUUUUAGAAAAGGAUGGUUUCCCCACAGUACCCCACUCUGUAAGUACUGACUUCUUUCUAGUGAUUACUUACUAGCUACCUGAAUACUAUGGGGCUGGGAUUUCUUGGUCCUUGACCUCAUUCAUAGCAGCCCCGAAAAUAUGUGUGAACGAAAUAUGUGUGGGCAAUGUAUGAAAUGUCUAUUGUUAUAUUUUAUGCAAUAGCCGGUCAAAAAGGGCACGGAACCCUCAUCAACCAAUAUCAAGGACAUUGAUGAUGAUGAUGAUGAUGAUGAAGCUCCCCCACCCAUUGUGGCACCACGUCCAGAAUACACUAAGAGUGUGAGUAAUUUUGACGGGAGCUCACCUCAAUUUUUAUUUCGCUCUUGCUCGCAUUCGCUCAUAUUCUCUCAUGCUUAUUUAUUGUGUGUGUGUGUUUCUCCUGCAGGUUUACACUCGCUCCGUCAUUGACCCCAUCCCCGCUCCAGCCACGUGUCCAGAUGGAGACGCAGCCUCCAAGGCUCUAGACAGACAGAAGAAGAAGGGCAAGAUGUCAGACGAGGAGAUCAUGGACAAACUGAGUAAACACACUACAUUUCUUACAAUGACAAUGUUACAGGUAGUUAUUAAUAUAACCCUCUUGUCAGGGGAAUUUAGUAUUGGUCUGGUCUGUAUAACUUUAUCUUUGCCCACAGGAACUAUAGUCAGCAUUGGAGAUCCCAAAAAAAAGUACACAAGAUAUGAAAAAAUUGGACAGGGGUAAGUUUAUUUGAAGGUGGUAAUUGGGGUGUAUUUGGGCAUGAGAAGAGGGUGUGUGUGUGACAGAGGUGUGUGUCCGAGUUAUUGAAAAUAUGUAACCGUUGUCUCCGCAGGGCUUCAGGGACAGUGUUCACAGCCAUUGAUGUCGCCACCGGACAGGAGGUAAAGGGGAAUUAAGGGUUGUCAUUGGUUGACUGACCGGUGAUGGAUGGAUUGAGGAGAAUAUGUAAAAGGAAGGAGACCUUGAGAGAAAGAGAGUUGAGGAAUGACAUGCAAAGUGGGGCAGAGACUAGAUACAGAAAUGUGGAAAGAGUUUGAGAACUGUAAGCCUGGCAGGAGAUGAGAGAUUGCAGGAUAACUAAUCACUCACCCAUUUUAGAGGAAUCAUUUUGAACCUUUCCUUCCUGUGUUUCUCACAGGUGGCCAUUAAACAGAUCAACCUACAGAAGCAGCCCAAGAAGGAGCUGAUCAUCAAUGAGAUUAUGGUGAUGAAAGAGUUAAAGAAUCCGAACAUUGUCAACUAUGUAGACAGGUAAUAGAAUGGUCAAAUAUAUAAUUAACCUUAACAGCACUAACUUUGGUGCAAGUUGGGUGUGCCAAACCUAACUUCCUAGUGAUGGUGGAACACUAUUGGGUGUACAGUAUUGUACAAUACAAGAUACCAUAACAACCUCUCCGGCUUUGGUGUCUGUGUGUUUAUGUUAGUUUCCUGGUGGGGGAAGAGCUCUAUGUGGUGAUGGAGUACUUGGCUGGUGGCUCGCUGACUGAUGUGGUGACAGAGACCUGCAUGGACGAGGCUCAGAUAGCUGCUGUCUGCAGAGAGGUGACCAGCUCUUAUACGGCACACUGCAUUAACCUUGACCUGUUUACCCUUUAACAGUGGCUGGGUGGGUAACUUGUGUGUUGUUCACAUGUAGAGCCUUUAUUUAAUGUGGAAAUAUUGACUGUUGUUCCUUCAUCCCCUCUCUUGCUCCAUUGCGCUAUCCCCCCCACCAUUGGUUUCCCCAUCUGAAGUGUUUACAAGCACUGGAGUUCCUUCAUGCAAACCAGGUCAUCCAUCGUGACAUCAAGAGUGACAACGUGCUACUGGGGAUGGAUGGCUCUGUCAAGCUCAGUGAGUCUCCCUCUCCCCCUAAACAACCCCAGGCUGGCCAUGACCUAUGUAGAGUAGUAGAGGAAGUAACAGCCCUAAUAGUUGGGGGUAGAUAUUUACCUUAUUGACAGUCUGCGGGUAUAUGGUUUCGCUUUGAUGUUGUAAAACAGUUCUAUAACGGUUCUAUAAUCAUAUUCAUAUUUAUAGCUGGCAUUUGCCAUCUGCAUGCUAUGAAAAAUUAGUACAAUUUUGGCAAGGAUAGUCAACAAAUGACUAUUACAAGCUAGUGCUACUGUUUGUACUGCUACCCUUCAGUCCCUCACUAACAUUUGACAACAUCUCUCUCUGAAUUCCCCCCCCCACCACCCCCCACCCCCCACCUCCCUUCUCUCUGUGCAGCCGAUUUUGGUUUCUGCGCCCAGAUCACUCCAGAGCAGAGCAAGCGCAGCACCAUGGUGGGUACGCCUUACUGGAUGGCACCUGAGGUGGUGACACGGAAGGCCUAUGGGCCUAAGGUUGAUAUCUGGUCCCUGGGCAUCAUGGCCAUUGAGAUGGUUGAGGGGGAGCCUCCAUACCUCAAUGAGAACCCGCUAAGAGUAAGUGAACCAUAGAGCAGCACCCUCCUAAAAUGCAAUUUCCUUGUUUUACUAUAUCACAGUGCAUCAAAAGCUAGUUCCAUAGUGAUACAAGACUGACAUGGAUGUAACAUACUUUUACAGCACCUCACAAUUCUCUUCUUUCCUUUCCCCCAGGCACUGUACCUGAUCGCCACAAAUGGGACUCCAGAGCUGCAGAACCCAGAGAAGCUGUCUCCCAUAUUCAGAGACUUCCUUAACCUCUGCCUGGAAAUGGACGUGGAGAAGAGAGGCGGGGGCAAAGAGCUGCUGCAGGUGAUGCCCCAUCCUAUCUAUGGCUUCCUUUGUGAUUUGCUCUUCUACUCUUGUGUUAACUUGAUUGGUUGGAUUUGGCUGUAUAUUCCUCCAUCACUACCCUGUCUGCAUGUACUACAAUAGAGAUGAGCUCCAAUGUUAACCCUUUGCUCUCUUUCUCCUCCUUCUCUUCCGUUUGUCUAGCAUCCCUUCCUGAAGCUGGCAAAGCCCCUCUCCAGUCUUACACCUCUAAUCUUGGCUGCUAAGGAGGCCAUGAAAGGCAACCGUUAA